ACUUUAAUAAAAGGCGUUUUGUCACUUUUCAGCCUUUCCAGUGCUCAUUGCCCAUGGUGCCCAGCUGCUUCUAGGCUUUCUAGCUACAUUCAGCACAUCCAGCUACAUCGAGGAUUUAGACGCCCAGGCCUAGCGCUCACUAUGCUCAGUUAAGAUUGUGUCAAAAAAAUUGACGUUCAUUCCGAUGUGCGAGAAAUAGUGUAUGGAUUAGUUCAACCAUUCAACAUUUCAGCGUUAAUAAGAGCCUUCGUAUUUACAAAAAUGUCACAUCGACGCGGUUUCAGAGGCUUGUCGAACUCCUUCAUGCGACGUGACAGAGAUGGACAAUCACAGUCUACAUCUGGACGUGGAAGACCUCCAGGACUGAGGGGAAAAGAAAUAGGAUUGUAUUAUAGAAACAAAAAUAUAGAAAGAGAAAAAAGAAAUAGUUCAGCAAGGCUCAAAUUGUCACCUGAAAUAGAGCAAAGAAUUAAGACCAUAUUAUAUAAUUCAAAGAGCUAUUACAAUUUAACUUCUUACGAUGAUUUCAAGUCUGAAGAUAGCAGAUAUCAUCAGAUUCAUGAUGUUCAAUUUAAAAGAAAAUUUUUAACUAUUAUAAAUGGUGAUAUGCAGCAGAAUCUUGCUAGGGCUAUGACUGCAAAGUCAAAGUUGCAAAGAAAUAGUGACAUUGAUAGAAUAUUACAAAAGGAAUACAGAGAAAAGCAGAGUGAGGAUGCUUAUCAAAGUAUGUUGAAAUUUCGAUCAAAGUUACCAGCAUAUAAAAAAAAAUCAGAAAUACUACAACUGAUAGAAGAUAAUCAAGUUGUUGUUAUUAGUGGAGAAACCGGGUGUGGCAAAACCACUCAAGUUGCACAGUUUAUAUUGGAUGAUGAAUUAGAAGCUGGAAAUGGUAGCGUUACUCGAAUAAUUUGCACACAGCCUAGAAGGAUAUCGGCUAUUUCCGUUGCUGAACGUGUAGCUAUGGAAAGAACAGAAAAACUUGGAAGAUCUGUCGGCUAUCAAAUACGACUCGAAAAGAUUCCAUCGCGAGAUCAAGGAAGUAUAUUGUUUUGUACUACUGGUGUAUUACUACAAAUUAUGAAGCAUGAUCCAGCGUUAAAAAGUUUCUCUCAUGUGAUAUUGGAUGAAAUUCAUGAACGUACCACAGAAAGUGAUUUUGUCAUUACAUUAUUAAAGCAAGUUAUUCCAAAAAGAGUAGAUUUAAAAGUUCUCUUGAUGAGUGCAACAUUGAAUGCUGAAAGGUUUUCCAAGUAUUAUGACAAUUGCCCGAUGAUACAUAUACCAGGAUUCACCUAUCCAGUACAGGAAUUUUAUUUAGAAGAUGUUUUGUCAUUUGUAGAUUAUAGAUUUCCUGACCCACGGCCAGAACCUACAGGUUACAGGAAACACUUAAAAAGCUACAAAGAGCAAAAACACAAGACAGAAGAAUUUUUAGAUAUAUUACAACCUUAUAUUAGACAACUUACACUUGAGAACAAAUACGAUGCACGUGUUAUUAAUCAGUUACGGAAUCCAGUUAGUGAAACUCUUUCAUUGGAUCUUAUAGAAGAAUUAGUUAGAUAUAUCUGUAAUACAAAAGGUCCUGGAGCUAUUCUUAUUUUUUUACCUGGUAUGCUAGAUAUAUCGAAUUUAAAUAAAAUGAUGUUAGAUUCUGAACGUUAUCCAAGUCAUAAAUACAUCAUCUAUGCUCUUCAUUCACGUUUGCCAUCAGUUGAUCAGAAACUUAUAUUUAAAGAACCACCUCAUGGCGUUCGUAAGAUUAUCAUUGCGACUUCAAUUGCUGAAACAUCAAUAACAAUAGAAGAUGUUGUAUAUGUAAUAGAUUGUGGAAAAACAAAAUUUGGAAAAUUUGACAUAAAUAAGAAUAUUCAGACUUUAGAGCCUGAAUGGGUAUCCUUAGCUAAUGCCAAGCAAAGACGUGGUAGGGCUGGCAGGGUUCAAAGUGGAGAAUGUUAUCAUCUGUAUACAAAAGCACGAGAAAUGACAUUUGAUCAAUACCCAUUGCCAGAGAUGUUAAGAACGCGCUUAGAAGAGGUAAUUUUGCAAAUAAAAAUUCUGCAAUUGGGAAAAGUUGAAGAAUUCCUCGUUACCGUCAUGGAUCCGCCAGAUCCAAAAGCGAUUCAUCUGUCCCUUGAAUUACUUCAGACACUCAAUGCCCUCGAUACACACGAGAAUUUGACUCCUUUGGGUUAUCACUUGGCGCACUUGCCACUUGAUCCUAGAACAGGAAAAAUGAUUCUGUGGGGCGCAUUAUUCUCUUGUGUCGAGCCAAUAUUUGCUAUUGCUGCUAGUCUCACAUUUAAAGAUGCUUUCUAUUGUCCAUUAGGACAAGAGGAAAAGGCUAAUAGAAAGAAAUUAGAACUCAGCAUGCAACAGUGUAGCGAUCAUAUUGCUCUCGCGGAAGCUUUAAGAAGAUAUGAAGUUGCACGUCACAGAGGAAAUGCUCGCCAGUUUUGUCGGGAGUAUUUCCUUUCUUAUAACACAUUGAAGCUCCUUUCUGAAAUGAAAAAUCAAUUUGCACAAUAUUUAUACGACAUGAAAUUUCUAGACAGCGAUAACCCAAGUCAUGUAAAUUCUAACAGAAAUUCGGAUAACAUAGCUUUGAUAAAAGCUAUUGUCUGUGCAGGAUUAUAUCCUAACAUCGCUGUUAUAAGGCGAGUUACUAAAAAUGGAAUAAUUAGUUGGACUCCGGAAGACGGUAGUGUACGUAUACAUCCGUCGAGCGUAAACAACAAAGCUUUCAGCUUUCCUAGUCGGUACUUGACAUAUUUCACAAAACAACGCUCCACCGCCAUAUUUUUACAUGACACUACAUGUAUAAGUGUACCUAUCUUACUGUUCGCCGGACCAAAUAUAUCGAUAAGACGAGAAAAAGGACAAUAUGUAAUUGGUAAUUUCAGUUUUUCGGAAAACAUCAUUUGUGAACAAGAAACUGCGCAAAUGAUACAGGAACUUCAACAAGCUCUGAAUAGUUUAUUGGAAUAUAAAAUUACGAAUCCAGCAACGGUAUCUUGGCUCACUUUUGAAGGAGACUUAUUAAAUGGAAUCAUUGAACUGAUCUCUCAAACAGAUGAAGAUUUGGGUUUUAAUAGAGAUGCAUAUCUUUAUGAACAUUUCAGUGGUAAUGAUGUUCAUUGAUUGCAUUCAUUAAUUUAUAAAUAUUAAUAACUUAUUUAAUCGCUUCGAUACUCUUAGAAAUAUAAUCAUUGUUAAAAGAAUUAUGUCAUAAUUUUUAAAAAUAAACUAAAAUAGUUUCUCUUCA